AUCGGUAGGCCACUCUUGCGCGCAUACGAUGUCCACCAAGAUUUGCGCUCAGUGGAAUUAUAAUAAUAAAAAUGUCCAGAUUUGUAUCAGAUAGAGAACCAUUUUUUAUUACUAUUUCAUUUUGAGUGGAGAGCUAGGCACCAGUAUUAAUGAUAUUAAUACGGGGUGUGUAGGUUCAUCAGCUUUUGAUAAUCGCAUGAACGAAUCAGUCGAUUUAUAUCAAGAUAACGAUUACACUGUACAAAUAUCAAGCACAUACUCGCUCUUAAAAGAUGCUCAGAAGGUAUCGAUAUGGAUUGACCUGAAUAAUAAUGGUCUUUUUGAAACGGGUACCGAAUCAAUAUUACUGGCUGCUGCUAUGGGGAAUGGAUUUAGCACAAAUUUUUCGUUGUCGAUUCCGGCGAAUGCCGGUCUGGGUCUUCAUCGUAUGCGUGCACAACUAGUGAGAGCACAACCAUCGGAUCCAUGCAAUGCAAAUCAUACAGAUGGCUAUGCUGAGACACAUGACUAUAGUGUUAACGUACUACAAGGUUACUGCAUACCCGCGGCAGGUGAUGGAUGCUCUAUGGGCGCCGCCAUUAAUGAUUUCAUCCUGAUGGGCGAACGGGGAACAGGUAUAAACGAUACCAGUACUGGUUGCGUAGGUGCGUCCGCGUAUGACAAUCGUCGAAAGGAAACAGUGCUGUUAUACACUGGCAUACAAUAUGUUGUUCAAAUAUCUAGUUUGAGUAGCGGCGGCGUGUCGGUAGCUAUAUGGAUUGAUUUCGAUGACAAUCGCAUUUUUGCAGUGAAUGAAGCCGUAUUGAAUACGGUCACUUUAAACGGUACAGGGCGCAACCAUUUCCAAAUAACAAUUCCGUCUAAUGCGCAACCUGGUGGACACCGUAUGCGUGUAAAACUUCAAUAUUCAAUUUAUAAUCCACGAGUCGGGUAA